AUGAUAAUAUCGAUACGAGAUGAAAAGAGGAAACACAGUAAAAUAUACCCAUUUCAUAAUUUGACGUUGUUGCAACCAGCACAAGCACAGCCUGUACCGCAUUUACAUCUAGUCGGCUUACCGCUGUUGCCUGCUGCCCCACAACAAGAAGAAGCACUUUCUUUAACAGCUUUGGCUGUACUUGAUCUUGUGGUACAACAACUUUUGACAGCGCCGCUGUCAGCAACCUUUUUCGAACAACAACUCAUUGGUUAUUGCUUUAUCUUAAUUAUUGUUUGA